AUGUCCGAUAAACUGGCAUUUCAAUUUAAAAUGCAAACAAAAAUGCUCGAACGACAAUCGGCUUCACAUGAUAAACAGGAAAAAGUCGAACGUGAAAAAGUUAAAAAAGCCUUAAUGAAAGGCAAUAUUGAAGCAGCUAAAAUCCAUGCUGAAAAUGCUAUUCGACAUCAUAGUGAAUCAUUAAAUUGUAAACGAAUGGCUGCUCGUGUUGAUGGUGUACAAGCACGUGUAGCUAAUUCAGCAGCACAAAGACAAAUGGCAGCAAGUCUUAAGCAAACAGUUACAUUAAUGUCAAAAGUGACUGCAAAUAUGCCAUUGACUGAAACGUCAAAAUUAAUGGAUAGUUUAGAGAAAAAUUUUGAAGAUCUUGAAGUGAAAACAAAAGUUAUGGAUGAUGCUAUGCAAAAUGCUACUACUGUACAACAACCAGUCGAUCAAGUUGCUAAUCUUAUGCAAGAAAUGGCUGAUGAAGCAGGAAUUGAACUUAAUCUUAAUAUGCCAACUGCACCAGCCAUGAGUACCUCUGUUGCUCUUAAAGAACAAGACGAAUUAAGUCAACGAUUAGCAAAAUUACGGGAAUCUUAA